UUUUCGCCAUUUUAUAGAUAUCGGUGUUCUCUCUGACUUCGAAGGAGAAAGAAAGAAGAAAAAAAUAGUCUUGUUUCAAACUUCAAUGGCGUUCUCGAGUUCUAUCUUCUCUGUUACUCAGUUUUCUUCUUCGAUUACUUCGCGUCCUUCUUCUGCGAUCAGUAGGCAGACUCGUUUUCCCGCUCAAAUUGCUUCUCCAGAUCUAUCGCCUGCUUUGUUCGAUGAUCGCCGGAAGUUCGUCGGAGGUGUAAUGUCUCUCUUGACGAAGAGUAUAAAAAACCGUGUAUAUGCUUCAAUUAACAGCAUUGAUUCGGCCGCUACUCCAUCUUAUCCGAAAUCGGAAGACGAUGACGAUGUUGUUCCAAUGCCAAUGGUUAUGAUAGACCAGGAUGCUGACCCUGAAGCUACUAUUGUACAACUCAGUUUUGGAAAUCGUCUUGGGGCUCUCAUUGACACAAUGAGGUCGCUGAAAGAUUUGGGAUUGGAUGUAAUAAAAGGAACUGUCUCAACUGAAGGAGAUGUUAAGCAGACCAAAUUUUCUAUAACAAAACGUGACACUGGUCGGAAAGUGGAAGAUCCUGACUUGCUGGAACAAAUCCGCUUAACAAUCAUCAACAAUCUCUUGAAAUACCAUCCGGAAUGCAGUGAGCAACUUGCAAUGGGUGAGACUUUUGGAAUAAAGGCUCCAGAAAAUAAGAUUGAUGUCGAUAUCGCAACUCAUAUACUUGUGAAAGAAGAUGGACCAAAGAGGAGCCUGCUUGUCAUAGAGACAGCGGACAGGCCAGGUCUUGUCGUAGAGAUGAUCAAAGUGAUGGCUGAUAUCAACAUAGACGUGGAAUCCGCAGAGAUAGACACAGAAGGACUGGUUGCGAAAGACAAGUUUCACGUAAGCUACCAAGGGCAAGCACUAAACAGAUCUUUGUCACAGGUUUUGGUGAACUGUCUGCGUUACUUCCUGAGAAGGCCUGAAACUGACAUUGACAGCUACUAAAUGAGCUUUUGUUUGCUCUAAAACAAAACUGCUCUUUAUCCUUUAAAGCAAAAUCAUGUAUCUGUGCUACGAAACUUUCAAGUCUUUUGUUUGGAAGAUUAUGUGGGAAAUUCGUGAUACUAUAAUUGAACCACUGUGGCUAAAAAAUAAAUGGGUUCUUGACACU